CAGCAGCUAACACUUAUAUAUAUAUAUGUAUUUAUGAAAUCUCGUAUAUCUUUUUCGUCUGGGAUAGCCCUUCCAUUCUUUAGCUUUUCCCUUUCCUGGGCGCGUUCUCCUUCCUAUCCCUUCUAGCGUACACCAUCACACCCUUCACACAAUGCAGUGCUCUCUCAGUACAGCCUCCAGAUUCUCCUCAAAUGCCUCUAUGGUGAGGUCAUCACAGAGAUUGGGCCAGGUCCAGAGGCAUUUUUCCUCUUCCAGCUCCUGCCAGAAGCAAAUACAGGAGGCCUACAUCUUGGGGGCUGCACGUACACCAACUGCCAAGUUCAAUGGCUCCUUUGUCACCGUCCCUGCUCCUGAGCUGGGUGCCGUAGCCAUCAAAUCCGCCAUCGAAAAGUCCGGAGUACCCCCCGAGAAAUUCACCGAUGUUUACAUGGGCAAUGUCUUACAAGCAUCUAUCGGCCAAUCCCCUGCGAGACAGGCUUCCAUCUUUGCUGGCCUGGCUCCAACCGUCGAGGCCAUCACCAUCAACAAAGUCUGUGCCUCCGGCCUCAAGGCUGUCGUCUUCGCCGCACAGAAUAUCCAGCUCGGGCUGGCAGAGGCACAGGUUGCCGGUGGCAUGGAAAACAUGUCAAGAGUCCCAUAUUACCUCCCGCGAGCUAGCCAACAGGGCCCAUUUGGCAAUAUGAAGCUGGAGGAUGGCCUGAUCAAAGACGGCCUGUGGGACGUCUACAACCAAUUCCACAUGGGGGUGUGCGCGGAGAACACGGCGAAGAAGUACGAAAUCUCUCGCGAACAGCAGGAUGAGUAUGCCGUGCGAUCCUACAAACGCGCGCAGAAGGCGUGGGCGGAGAAGAAAUUCGACGACGAAAUCGCCCCCGUUACCGUCAAGGGAAAGAAAGGAGACACCCUCGUGACCAUCGAUGAGGGCUUCGAAGAUUUGCGCGAGGAAAAGAUGAAAUCGCUCAAGCCUGCUUUUGUCCGCGAUGGCACAGGGACCGUCACUGCCGGCAAUGCCUCUACUUUCAACGACGGCGCCUCCGCGCUAGUAAUUACCAAUAAGCAGAUUGCUCAACGGUACGGCACAACGAGUAGGGUUCUUGCACGCAUCGUAUCGUCUGCUGAUGCCGCUAUGGAUCCCAUCGACUUCCCCGUCGCGCCCGCCAAGGCUGUGCCUAUCGCACUGGAGCGAGCGGGCCUAACCAAGGACCAGAUCUCUAUCUGGGAAUUCAAUGAGGCGUUUGCCGCUGUCAUUAAAGCUAACGAAAAGAUCCUUGGCCUCGAGAACGCGUGUGUCAACCCCCUUGGUGGCGCCAUCUCCUUGGGCCAUGCUCUUGGAAGCUCUGGUUCCCGCAUUCUCACCACCCUGCUUCACCAGUUGCAACCGGGCCAGUACGGCCUCGCGGCCAUCUGCAACGGCGGUGGAGCAGCUACUGCCGUGGUCGUCCAGAGAGUGGAAAAGGUCGAGUAGGAAUGGGGGAUUUUUGGAUAACAUGUCUGUUCAUUGUUUAUUAUAAACAGUAUGUAUAUCUGUGUAUGUAUGGAGCUUAUAUGAGUAUGUGACAUUAGUUGUGUUGUUAUUUUCCUUUCUCCUGUUUCGUUCUAUACUAAAUAAGCUGCCAGCGUUUUGCCAUUAUAUAUCAGCACACAAAAUGGCAUGUAUUACAAUCGAACGGAUUUCCAAGCUCCC